AUGACAGAGGUCGAUGUUCGUCCAGGCAUGAAUGGACUACCUGCUUCAAGAUUGACCCCGGAUCCCCCAAAGAAACGGAUCUUCGAGGAGUUGGAAACUACUUCGCAACCUAGUUCUACACCCACAGUACAAUCCAAUGUUGACAGUGCUGUUGAUUCUCAUAGCUCCUCCAACCAUGAUCCGUCACCUAUAAAUGCAGGCCCUGCUCCAGCGGAUGCUAUCCCUCAAGCCUCAAAUGAUAUAACCACUGGUGAAAAUCCUUCUACCCCUAAAGAGAAGCCAGCCAACCCCAAUAAAAAACGCAAACUAUCACCCGCAAGCAAGGAGGCUAAAGAAAAACAGAAGGCAGAGGAAAAGGCUAAAAAGGAAGCGGAACGAAAAGCAAAAGAAGAGGAGAAGAGAAAGCGGGAUGAAGAAAAAGAAGAGGAACGUAAAUUGAAAGAAAAGGAGAAGAAGAAGCGUGAAGAGGAGAGGGAGGAGAAAAGACGCCAGAAAGAAGAAGAGAAACAGGCUAAAGAAGAUGAAAAGCGAAAGAAGGAGGAAGAGAAGCAGAGGAAAGAGAGGUCCCAGAUGAAACUUAAUGCUUUCUUCACAAAACCAAAGGCUACCCCCAGCACAACGACAGGAAACGAGACCAAUUCUGCUGGGGCGACGACCAAUUUGGCCUCUGAUUCGGCCACCAAAGCAUCUAAACCGGCCUCAGAUUUCGAACUUGAAUUUCCACCCUUCUUCAUUCAGUCACACGUGAAGCUGGCUCCUAACCAUAGGUUUGAGCGAGAUUCAAGUGCAUUAAGCCAUGCCUGCGAGAAACUCGAUAACCUCCGUAAAUCCGACUUUGGACUUGCCAACGAUGACAUCCCCUUGCAACGGUAUAACCCUGCUGAGUUGUUCCAGAUGAUAUCAUAUAGGCGUCGCCAGGGUGAACCAGCAACCCCAUCUGUGAAGGAAAUUCUCCUUAAGCUUCAAGACCCCGAGCUUAAUAGCAUCGACCUUACGGAUACGAAUGGAACGGCAACCCAGGUAGAGAGGUUGCUUCGAAAGAUACCCAUGAAGGUUUUAAAUUUCAGAGAAGAUGUCAGACCUCCGUACCAAGGAACAUUCACUAAACGAUUGGAACAAAGGGCUGCCCGAAAGCUAUGUCGAAAUCCGUUCUGGCGGGGCGUACCCGAUUUUAAUUAUGAUUAUGACUCCGAAGCAGAAUGGGAAGAGCCAGAAGAGGGAGAGGAUAUCCUUUCUGAAGGGGAUGAUGAAGUCAGCGAUGAUGGAGAAGAUGACAUGGACGAUUUCCUAGACGAUGGAGAAGACGAGUCAGCCAAUACAAAACGGAGAAUGAUUGUUGGAGAUCUCGAGCCGAAAUGCACAGGAAUAUGCUGGGCUGAGGACAGCGCUGACAACCCAAUAAUAAAUCAACACCGAAUGGAAAUUAUAUCAGAAAAUAUAACAUUCCCCAUUGACCCCUUUUCUACUCAAUAUUGGGAGACCAAACCGAAAGUAUCUCCAGGGAAUUCGGCUUUCAAAGUUCCCCAUAGGCCAUCCACAGGCAAAACACCUUCAUCAAAAUCACAGCAACAAUCAUUAUUAUCACCUUCGUCGGCUGCAAAAUCCUCCAAGCAUCUUACUCCCAUGGUGGUUGUACCGGUCAGCAAACCUAAACCACGAAUUCAAUUCCCAGAAGAUAAGCUAGAUGAAUUCAAGGAAGCUGUUUCAGGAAGCAACCUAACCAAAGCUGGAUUGAUUGAAGUUUUGAAGAAAAGAUUCCCCAAAGUGUCCAAAGAUGUCAUCAAAGAGACUCUCACCAUCCUCGCAGCCCGCCAGGGUCAAAAAGAAGUAGACAAAAAAUGGGUUCUGCUUUAA